UCAAGCAGCAGGUCUUACAGAUCGAUCAACAAAAGACAAACAAGCAACAAUCAACAAACAAGCAAAUUCACCACAAUGAAGAUUCUCAAAAGUCUUUGUGUUGUUUUCAGUCUGGUCUUCAUGACAACUGGAGAGGUACCUGAAGAUUCUACUGGCUUCAAACUGCUCUUCACUAGCAUUGAGAAGGAGGUGGAGGAUGUCCCAUUGAAGUUUGAGCUCCCAGGUGGCAUUCCAAAAUGGGUCAGAGGCACACUGGUUAAGAAUGGGCCUGGAAAGUUUGAAAUGGGAGACAAAAAAGUUGUCCACACAUUUGAUGGUUUCGCCAAGUUGAGUAGCUGGAAAUUCCCUGGAGAUGGAGAAAGUGUGUUCUUCUCAACAAAAAUGCAGCAGACCAAUUAUUAUAAAGACUCAGUUGCUACAAACACUAUCGCCCCAUAUGUUCUGUUUGCUGGAACUAUUCCUGAAGAAAACACAAUGGAGAAGAUGCAACGUAUGAUGAAUGGUAUGAACAAUAACCCAGUCAAUGUUUAUGAAACUUCUAAGACUAAUCCAGACCCAGAACUUGUUGCUUUAAAUGAUAUGUGGAAAUUGUACACUUUCAAUAUGACUAAGUUAGAACUGAAGAAAACAUACACACCAUUUUUGCCUAAGCAUAUUGAAGAUCAAGACUCCUCCAUGAAAGAUUUCUUAGAGAACAUAAUGGGUAUUAAAAUGCCAGAGGUUCCAGGAUUGAGCUCAGCUCAUCCAUUGUUCGAAUACAAAAAAGAUAACUGGGUAACUUAUUAUGUUAAAAUUGAAUUGGAUGGCCAGUCUGAAUUCAGCGUGAUUCGUUUGGGUGAAGAUAUGGUUCCUAAAGAAGUCACUAGCUGGAAGGUCGAUAGUAAUGCUAUCCCAUACAUGCAUUCUUUUGCAGUUACUGAAAACUAUGCUGCUUUCUUUGCCACACCCUGUUUCUUUGAUUUCCCUAAUUUAAUGGCUGAAGGUACCUUUGAUAUGAAAUCUGCCAUGCGUUGUGACCCCAAUGACCCAAUGGUAGUCCAUGUGGUUGAUUUACGCACAGGCAAAAUGACCAAAUUAGAAACAAAAUACCCAGGUUUGAUCAUUCACUUUGUUAACUCUUAUGAAACUGACAAUGGAACCAAAAUUGUUGCAGAUUGCACCCAUUUCCCUGGUUUUGAACAACUAACUGGAAUAAAUAUCCCAACUAUGAUGAAUGUUGAAAAAAGAAACAAGGUUGAAACCCCAAAUAGAUUGACUCGAUUCACUCUUGAUUUAACAACACUUACUGUUACCACAGAGCAUUUACAUAGUAUGCCAUCUAUUGACAGUGUCAUGACUCACAUUGAUUUCCCUGUUAUUAAUGAGAAUCACCGUUCUUUGAACUAUUGCAAUUUCUGGGGUACCAUUUCUAAAGCUGAUAACAUUCAUUAUGGUAAAUGGGCAAUUGGGAAAAAGAAUGUCUGUGGUAACCCAAAUGCUGACCUUAUAUGGCACAAACCUAACCAUUACCCAAUGGAACCCUGGUUUAUUCCCCGCCCUGAUGCUACCUCUGAGGAUGACGGAGUUGUCAUCACCUCUAUUUUAGAUGGAGAAAAGGGUAAAAAUUAUUUAGCUGUUUUGAAUGGUACCACUUUGGAAAUGAUGAACUAUGCAUACAUGCCCAUACAUUUACCUAUGGAUUUCCAUGGUCGAUUCAUUGCAAAUAAGUUUUAAAAUGUAUACACUUUAUUUGUGUUUGUAAUUAAAAAAGAUAUAUAUUUUUAUACAAUGUAUUUGACAUGAAAUUGAAAAUUUCACUCAAAAAA